AUGUUUAAAUUCGCUGUUUGCUUCUUCGCUGUUGUGGCUGUGGCUGCUGCCAAGCCUGGUAUUGUGGCUCCUCUGGCCGCCGCUCCUUUGGCUUAUACCGCUCCAGCUGUGGUGGGCAGUGCCGCCUAUGUGGCUCCCUAUGCCUCCAGCUACACCGCCCACACCGUGGCUCAUAGCGCCGCCUUCCCGGCCGCCUAUACCGCUCCAAUUGCUGCUGCCUACACUGCUCCCCUGGCUGCCGCUUAUACCGCUCCCGUGACCCGCUUUGCCACGCCCUAUGCUGCUCCCUUUGCCGCUCCCUAUGCCGCCGCCUACACCUCUCCCCUGGCCUACAGCUCGCCCUAUGUGGCCCGUCCCUAUGUGGCCGCCGCUGCUGCUCCUCUGCUGCUGAAGAAGUAA